AUGGCCUUUGGCAAACUGAUUAAAGACGUCCACCAGAAUCCCAAUAUCUGGAAAUCCUGGAAAAUCACUUCGGAUGCUCGUGGCCCGGGAACUGCCGUCAGUCCAGUUCCACCGCGUGAGUCCUCAGGGGAGUUUGGCACUCCCUUUGACCGACCGCAUGUGCCUCGUUCGCCACGCGAUUCCUCAAAGCUAGUACCUUCGGCAGCGGCUCUUGCAGAGAUGAAGAAACCACGGACCCCAUUGACCCACGGGAACGUUGAGAGAUUUGUCGCCAAACAGAUAGCUACAGAGGCCUGCACGCUGAAACAAGACCCUUCAGGGACCCGGGUUAUUGAAUGGCUCAAAAAGGUCUCUCUACUUUGA